CUUUUCCACCACCAUUUUAUAUCAAACAACGUGAUCGUAUAUAUGUAAUUGUUUCCGGUAAUUUCUUAUGUAUCAACACGAUGUUUCUGGACUCAUUAAUCUUUAUAUAAUUUAUUCUCAUUAAUCUUUAUAUAUAUAUUUAUAUAUAUUAUAUAUAUAUAUAUAAAUAUAUAAACAAUGUCUGGUCUCAUGGCUUUUCUCGAAGAAAAUAUUCGUUAUGAGUUAUUAGUUUUAAUAUGGGCUUUAUACUUUUGGGAUCUUUAUCUGAAUUUGCGUCAGAGAAAGUUGUUGCAACGGUUGACUGAUAUACCUAACAAUGUAAAAGAUAUUAUGACCAAAGAUGUGUAUAAUAAAGCACGUCUUUAUGCUUUGGAUAAAAAUAGUUAUAGUUUAGUUCAAAACUUAUAUUCCCAAUGUUUUAAUACCAUACUUUUAUUGUUCUUUGCAUUUUAUUAUUAUUGGGAAUGGAGCAUUCAGUUAGCAAAAUGUCUUGGUUUAAAUCACGAAAAUGAAAUUAUUGUCAGCGCUGUGUGCGUAUUCAUCAAAGUUAUCAUUUCUGAUGUUAUUGAUUUACCUUUGAAUAUAUACGAUACAUUUGUAUUGGAAGAAAAACAUGGAUUUAACAAACAGAAACCAUUAUUCUUUAUAAAAGAUCAAUUGCUAAAAUUGAUUGUAUUAGAAGUAAUCGUAGUACCUCUUAUGUCUGGAGUGAUAUGGAUUGUAAUGAAUGGCGGUGAUUUCUUCUUCUUUUAUCUUUGGGCAUUUUCUGUUAUCGUAACAUUAUUUAUGAUGAUUAUAUAUCCAGAAGUAAUAGCACCGCUUUUCGAUAAGUAUACUCCAUUACCAGAAGGAGAUUUAAAGCAAAAGAUCGAAGCACUUGCUGCUUCUCUGAAGUUCCCUUUGUAUAAGUUAUAUCUAGUUGAGGGAUCUAAAAGGUCUUCGCAUAGUAAUGCUUAUAUGUAUGGUUUUUAUAAACACAAAAGAAUUGUUUUAUUUGAUACUCUUGUAAAAGAAUAUUACAAACCAGAUAAGGAUGAUGUUAAGAAAGAUAUUGGUUGUGAGACAAAUGAGGUAUUGGGUGUACUUGCUCAUGAGUUGGCUCAUUGGAAGUUUAAUCAUACUUUAAAAGGAUUCUUUUUAUCACAGAUCAAUUUUGUUAUAACUUUUGUUGCAUUUGCCAAACUAAUGAAUUAUACACCAAUGUACGUUGGAUUUGGUUUUGAGAAUUCACAACCAAUCCUUAUUGGAUUUAUCAUUGUGACCAAAUAUAUUUUGUUCCCUCUCAAUACAAUAAUGCAAUUUAUAUCAGUGGUUAUCAUGAGAAGAUUUGAAUUUCAAGCAGAUAAACUUGCUGUAGAAUUGGGAUAUAGUGAACCAUUGAAGAAAGCAUUGAUUAAAUUACAAAAAGAUAAUCUACAAUAUCCUUUAUAUGAUAAAUUGUAUUCUGCUUGGAAUCAUAGUCAUCCACCUAUUCUUGAGCGACUUAGUGCUAUAGAUAAGGAAGAUUGAUAUUAUUAAGAUAAAGUUUAACACAUGAAAAGUAGAAGUGAUCAAUAAUAUGUAUCUUAUACUAUAUAUGAUUAUAAAUGCUACUACAAAUGCUUCCUUUUGAUUAAGAAGUAAAUGGAAAGUAUGUAGUGAAAUAAUUUUCUGUUAAAGAAAAUUUUUCAAAAAAUCAUUAUUGUCGUACAAAGCCUAUAAAUUAAGAAUAUACAUUUCAAAACAUCUUUAACAAAUUAUUGUGGCUAACUAAAGAUAUACAUCUCUAUUGUAUAUUUUAUACCUAAUCUUAGAUUUUUUCAUACAGCAUAUAUAUUAUAGCAUAUAUAUUAUAUACAUUUUGUAAGUUUAUCACACAAAUAAUUUUUGUUUCUACAACAUUUCUGUAUGCAUAGGUGUACUUCUAUAGAUAGGUACUUAUGUUUUUCAUGUAUUUCAUCAUUUUUUAAAUUUAUAUACUUAAUGAUAUGACUUAUAAUAUUAUAAUAAAAUGUCAAAUAUAAACGAACUUAAAAUAAUAAAUAUAACUUAAACAAAUUUAGUAUGUUAAUGAUUCUAUAAUUAUGAUUGAUAUAAAAUUUAAAUAAUUUUCUGGUGGCUAGACAAAAGAUCAUAAGUUAAAUUUUAGUAAAAAUAGAAUAAGUAUGCUACUAUAUUUUACAUUACUUUUUCUUACGUAUAGUUCUAUGUUACAAUACAAAUAAAUUUUACUUCUUUUUUGAUCUUUUAUGAUAUUCUAACAGUAUAUAUAAAAAAUUAGUAUAAGUCGAGUUAUACUAUUUUGUCCCUACUUUUAAUAUUUAAUCAUAUAGUAAAAAUACAUUUAUACUGUUUAAAAAUUAUUUAUUUAUUUUGUAUUUUGAAAUUAUUUUUAUAUAGUUUUGACUUACGCUGUAAAAAAAAAAGCAACGCACGUGUAAGUUAGUGUACGUGGAAAGAUUUAUUUGAAUUAGCAAAUAAGAAAAUACUUAUCUAAUUUUAUGUUACUGAAUAAAAAAACUUCUAAUGGCUUUUUGAUUCUUAAA